AUGGUUCACAAUCAGAAGUUUGAACUCGAAGAUGGUGCUACCAACAUUGAAGUUUUAGUUUACAGAAUCCUUAUUGGAAGUUCAGUGGCUCAAUCCACAGCUGCAGCUGAAUAUAUUGCUGCUGCAACUGCUUCGAAUCAAGCCUUAUGGCUAAGGAAGUUGUUUGUGGAUUUGAUGGAAAGGCAAGAAGAAGUUACCAUUAUAUAUUGUGGCAACAAAUCCAUCAAGGAUGCUCUCAACGCCCUCUUCAGAAUCGCUCUCUACCCUCUGAAUCGGAGCUUGCUGAUCAAGCUCGGAGCUGUUCCGCCGCUGUUCUCACUCGUUGUGAAGGAUGGCAGGGUCGGGAUCGUUGAGGAUGCGACGGCAGUGGUUGCUCAGAUCGCUGGGUGCGAGGAGAGAGAGGAGGCGUUCUUGAAGGCUAAAGGUGUUGGGCUUGUGGCGGAUUUGCUGGACCCUUCAAAGGGUUCGAGCUUGAGAAGGAAGGAGAAUGCAGUUUGUGAGAGAGAUGUUUAA